AUGGAGAAUACAGAAGAAGACAAUCAAACAGUCAUCACUCAGUUCAUCCUCUUGGGAUUCAGGAACCUCCCUCAUCUGCACAUUUUUCUCUUCCUGCUGUUCCUAGUGAUCUACAUUUUGACCAUGGCUGGGAACCUCCUCAUCGUGGUGUUGGUGGUGGCCGAUCCGCACCUUCACACUCCCAUGUACUUCUUCCUGGGGAACCUGUCCUGUUUGGAGGUCUGUUACAGUUCCACCGUCCUGCCCCGGCUGCUGGCCGGGCUCCUGACGGGGGACAGAGCCAUCUCUGUGAGGGGCUGUAUUGUGCAAUUGUAUUUCUUUGGCUCCCUGGUACCGACAGAAUGCUCUCUUCUCGCCGCCAUGUCUUACGACCGGUAUUUAGCCAUCUGCAAACCCCUGCAUUAUGCCACCCUGAUGAAUGGCCGGCUUCUCCUCCAGCUUGCGGCUGGGUCUUGGCUAAGCGGCUUUCUGAACUGUACGUUAAUCAUCUGUUUUGUGUCCCGAUUCACCUUCUGUGGCCCCAAUGAAAUUGACCAUUUCUUUUGCGAUUUUCUCCCUGUGCUCAAACUCUCUUGCAAUGACAUCACACUCAUCACCUGGCUUAGUCUGCUCACCACGGCCGUAACUGCCCUUUUCCCGUUCCUGUUCACCUUGAUGUCCUACGUUUAUAUCAUCGGCACCAUCCUGAGAAUCCCGUCCACCAUUGGGAGGCAAAAGGCCUUCUCCACCUGCGCUUCCCACCUUCUAGUGGUUAUCAUUUUCUAUGGCACCAUUCUCAUUGUGUACAUGUUCCCAGACACCAGUAGGCUAAGAAACCUGAGCAAAACGUUCUCUGUCUUCUACACAGUCCUGACACCCCUGAUCAACCCUCUCAUCUACAGCUUGAGAAACAAGGAGGUCAAGGGGGCCUUGAGAAAAGUCGCCCAUAAAUGUAUGGUGCCCAUGUGA